UCGUGUCUUUCUUGCAUGCAAAGCCCGACCACCGCCAUCAUCACCACUUCCACCACCGCGCGCUCUCUCUUCUCCGCUCCACUCCCCCUGUCCUCCACCACCACCACCUUCUCCUCCCUCCGAGCCUCUCAUCAUGACGUGCAUGCACCACCGCCAUUGCCUUUCCCACCUCCAUUUUACCACAGCCUGGCCUCCCCUCCUCUGGACACAGCCACCACCUCCUCCAUGGCCGCACAGCUCCCCUUCCAUGGCUUCCUCCUCCUGCUGCCGCUCCUCACCAUCACCGCCGCGUCCUCCGCGCCGCUCCCCCUCCUCGCGCUGCUCUCCCUCAAGUCUUCACUCAACGACCCGGCCGGCGCGCUCAGUCCGUGGACGUACGCCGGGGCGGCGUCCGCGGGCGCCACCCGGUCGCUCUCCCCGCCGUGGUGCGCGUGGCCGGCCAUCGCGUGCGAUGCGGCCACCGGUGACAUCGUCGGGAUCGACCUGUCCCGCCGCAACCUCUCCGGCACUUUCCCCACCACAGCGGCCGCGCUGCUGGCGCCGACACUUGCAUCCCUCAACCUCAGCUGGAACGCCUUCGCCGGGGAGCUCCCGUCGGCGGUCUUCUUGCUCCGGCGGCUUGUGCAACUUGAUAUCAGCCACAACUUCUUCAACUCCACCUUCCCGGAUGGCAUUGCCAAGCUCGGCUCCCUCACUGUCCUCGACGCCUACAGCAACUGCUUCGCGGGCCUGAUUCCCCGCAGUAUCGGCGGGCUCCGGCGGCUAGAGAAACUCAACCUCGGCGGCAGCUUCUUCAACGGAAGCGUCCCAGCCGAGCUCGGACAGCUUCGGCAGCUACGGUUCCUGCACCUCGCCGGGAAUGCCCUCUCCGGGCAGCUGCCGAGGGAGCUCGGGGAGCUCGCACUGCUCGAACACCUUGAGAUCGGGUACAAUGGCUACGACGGUGGGAUACCGGCGGAGUUCGGUGGCCUAACGCAGCUCCAGUACCUCGACGUCGCUGCGGCAAACCUAUCGGGCUCGGUUCCGCCGGAGCUCAGCGGGCUCGCGCAGCUCCAAUCUCUGUUUCUGUUCAAGAACAAGCUGGCCGGCGCGAUACCACCGUCUUGGUCGGGCCUCCGAGCGCUGCAGGUUCUUGACCUUUCGGACAACCAGUUCGCCGGCGAGAUCCCUGCCGGGUUCGGCGAGCUCGGGAACCUCACGACGCUGAACCUCAUGAGCAACUUCCUCUCCGGCACGGUCCCGGCGACGAUCGGCGAGCUUCCGAGCCUCGAAGUACUGCAGCUGUGGAACAACUCGCUCACCGGGAGGCUGCCAGAGUCUCUCGGGGCGAGCGGGCGGCUCGCCCGCCUCGACGUGUCGACCAACUCCCUUUCCGGGCCGAUCCCGUCGGGUAUCUGCGCCGGCAACCGUCUGCUCCGCCUCAUCCUCUUCGCCAACAGAUUCAACUCUACCAUCCCGACGAGCCUCGCGAACUGCUCGUCGCUGUGGCGUGUCAGGCUCGAGUCGAACCGUUUCUCCGGCACGAUUCCGGCCGGAUUCGGCGCGGUUCAGAACCUGACGUACAUGGACUUAAGCUCCAAUGAGCUCACCGGUGGCAUUCCGUUCGAUCUGGUUGCUUCCCCGAGCCUCGAAUACCUCAACGUCUCCGGGAACCCGAUCGGCGGUGCGCUACCGGACACGGCGUGGCUGGCACCAAAGCUGCAAGUCUUCGCGGCGAGCAAGUGCGACCUGCACAGGGAGAUGCCGCCGUUUGGCGUCUCCGGGUGCGCAAACCUGUACAGGCUGGAGCUGGCCGGGAACCAGCUGAGCGGCGCGAUCCCCGGCGACAUCGGCAGGUGCAAGCGGCUGGUGAGCUUGAGGCUGCAGCACAACAACCUCAGCGGCGAGAUCCCGGCAGUGCUCGCCGCGCUGCCGUCAGUCACCGAAGUCGACCUCUCCUGGAACGCGCUCACCGGCAGCGUGCCGGCCGGCUUCGCCAACUGCACCACGCUGGAAACCAUCGAUGUGUCCUUCAACCAAUUGACGCCGGCCGGGGCGCCAUCUGGAUCGCCGGAUCCCAACGAUGGCGGUUCAGCGCGGCACACCGCGGUAAUGUGGGUGUCAGCCGUGGCAGUAGCGUUCGCCGGGAUGGUGGUGCUCGCGCUCACCGCCCGCUGGCUGCAGUGUCUGGACGACGACUCGGCGGCAUCGAGCGUCAGCGGUGCGGGAGGCGCGCGCCCCAACGUCGUUGUCGGGCCGUGGCGCAUGAUCGCGUUUCAGAGGCUGAGCUUCACCGCCGAUGACGUGGCGCGGUGCGUCGAGGGGAGCGACGGCAUCGUCGGCGCCGGGUCGUCGGGGACGGUGUACCGGGCGAAGAUGCCGAACGGCGAGGUCAUCGCCGUGAAGAAGCUGUGGCAAGCGCCGGCGCAAAAGGAGACAGCCUCAGAUAACGCGCCGAAGCAGAGGUGCAGACAAGACGGUGUUGACGGCGACGAGAGGGUGCUCGCCGAGGUGGAGAUGCUUGGCCACCUCCGCCACCGCAACAUCGUCCGGCUGCUCGGGUGGUGCACCAACGGCGAGACAACGAUGCUGCUGUACGAGUACAUGCCCAACGGCAGCCUCGACGAGCUCCUGCACGGCCCCGCGGCGGGCAAGACGCCCAAGGCGCGGCCGGGGUGGGACGCGCGGUACAGGAUCGCCGUGGGCGUGGCGCAGGGCGUGAGCUACCUCCACCACGACUGCCUCCCCGCGGUGGCGCACCGCGACCUCAAGCCCAGCAACAUCCUCUUAGACGCCGACAUGGAGGCGCGCGUCGCCGACUUCGGCGUCGCCAAGGCUCUCCAGGGCGCCGCGCCCAUGUCCGUCGUCGCCGGCUCCUGCGGCUACAUCGCACCAGAGUACACGUACACCCUGCGUGUGGACGAGAAGAGCGACGUGUACAGCUACGGCGUGGUGCUGCUGGAGAUUCUCACCGGACGGAGGUCGGUGGAGGCAGAGUACGGGGAGGGGAGCAACAUCGUGGACUGGGCGAGGCGCAAGGUCGCCGCCGGCGGAGGUACUCUGAGCGACGUGACGGAACAGAGCGUGAGCGAGUCGGCCCGGGAGGAGAUGGCGCUGGUGCUCCGGGUUGCGCUGCUGUGCACGAGCCGGUGCCCGCAGGACCGGCCGUCGAUGAGGGACGUGCUGUCCAUGCUGCAGGAGGCCAGGCCCAAACCCAGCCGGAAGCCGGCGGUGAAGAAGCAAGUGCAUUAGAUGAUGAUGGUUGGCUCAAAUUAUAUGGUGUGCCUCGUAGCGCUAGUGUCACGUGUAUUUUCUUCACUAUCAUGCACGAGCUUUA